AUGUCAACCCUUAAGUUUCCUAUUACAGUAUCCACUGGUGAGAAACGCUAUGAACGUAAGAAAUGUCGGAAGUAUUUACGUAGUUUCUCUUCCUUUUGUACACAUGUGAGAAGUCAUAAAUGUGAGUAUGAGGCAUGUUGUAAAAUCAGUAACCAUCCAACAUCCCUGAUGUUUCAUCCAAAAUUGCACAAGACAAAUAAGGAUUAUGAAUAUAAGGAAUGUGGGAAAGCGUUUAGUAAGCUUUCUGACCUCUCCACACAUGAAAGAAUUCACAGAGGAGAGAUGCCCUAUGAAUGUAAGGAAUGUUGGAAAGCAUUUAGUCUGUCCUCAACCCUCUCUACACAUAGAGGAAUUCACAGUGGAGAGAGGCUCUAUGAAUGUAAGGAAUGUGGGAAAGCAUUUAGUCAGCCCUCAAACCUCUCUGUACAUAAAAGAAUUCACAGUGGAGGGAAGCCCUAUGAAUGUAAGGAAUGUGGGAAAGUAUUUAGUCAGCCCUCAAACCUCUCUGUACAUAAAAGAAUUCACAGUGGAGAGAGGCCCUAUGAAUGUAAGGAAUGUGGGAAAGUAUUUCGUCAGUCCUCAAACCUCUCUGUACAUAAAAGAAUUCACAGUGGAGAGAGGCUGUAUGAAUGUAAGGAAUGUGGAAAAGCAUUUAUUCGGCCCUCAAACCUCUCUGUACAUAAAAGAAUUCACAGUGGAGAGAGGCCGUAUGAAUGCAAGGAAUGUGGGAAAGUAUUUCGUCAGCCCUCAAACCUCUCUGUACAUAAAAGAGUUCACAGUGGAGAGAGGCCCUAUGAAUGUGAGGAAUGUGGGAAGGCAUUUAGUUGUUCCUCUUCCCUCUGUAUACAUAAAAGAAUUCACAAUGGAGAGAGGCCCUAUGAAUGUAAAGAAUGUGGUAAAGCAUUUAAUCAGCCCUCACAUCUCUCUACACAUAAAAGAAUUCACAGUGGAGAGAGGCCCUAUGAAUGUAAAGAAUGUGGGAAAGCAUUUAGUCAGACCUCACACCUCUCUAAACAUAAAAGAAUUCACAGUGGAGAGAGGCCCUAUGAAUGUAAGGUAUGUGGGAAAGCAUUUAGUCAGACCUCAAGCCUCUCUAUACAUAAAAGAAUUCACAGUGGAUAG